CCUCGGAAGCUCGGUUUCUCUUCCACCCCCAGUCCCUGAGCUGGACGGAUUGUCAGCACCUGUUCAGGAGGCUGCCCCACUCCGUCCGGGAAGUGACCAGGUUCAGCAUGAAUAAGGAAUUGGACUCCAAUUUUUCUGAAGCUAGUCCUCAGACAUGGAAGGUCAAUGACACCAAGGAGGAGCAGUACAUGGACAUUAACAUAACCUAUGUAGAUUACUACCUCCACCAACCUCAUGUGGCAGCUGUCUUCAUCAUUUCUUAUUUUCUCAUCUUUGUCUUGUGCAUAGUAGGGAAUACAGUGGUUUGCUUCAUUGUGGCAUGGAACAAACACAUGCACACAGUCACUAACUUCUUUAUCUUGAACCUGGCCAUCAGCGACUUGCUGAUAGGGAUAUUUUGCAUGCCUACAACCCUCCUGGAUAAUAUCAUAGCAGGAUGGCCAUUUGGAAGCACAGUUUGCAAGAUCAGUGGAAUGGUCCAGGGCAUAUCAGUGGCCUCUUCAGUCUUCACUUUGGUGGCCAUAGCAGGGGAUAGGUUUCGAUGCAUUGUGUACCCAUUCAAGCAAAAGCUCACCAUGCAGGCAGCGCUAGGAAUUAUUGUGAUCAUCUGGACCCUGGCCAUCACCAUCAUCUCUCCAUCUGCAGCAAUGCUGCAUGUACAAGAAGAAAAACAUUACCGAGUGCGGCUCAGCUCCCCAAAUGAAACCAGCUCCCUCUAUUGGUGCCGGGAGGACUGGCCAAGUCAGGAAAUGAAGAAAAUCUACACAACUGUGCUAUUUGCCAACAUCUACCUGGUCCCUCUAUUCAUCCUCCUCCUCAUGUACGGCAGAAUUGGGAUUUCACUUUCUACAACUGCAAGACCUUUAAGGGUCAAGAAGACCCAGGAGAAGAGUCAUAUGGUGUCUAAGAAGAAGCAGAGGGUCAUCAAGAUGCUUCUGAUUGUGGCUUUACUCUUCAUGCUAUCCUGGCUACCCCUCUGGACCUUGAUGAUGCUCUCUGACUACAGCAACCUCUCUGCAUACCAGCUACAGGUCAUCAACAUCUAUGUUUACCCCUUUGCACAUUGGCUCGCCUUCUGUAAUAGCAGCAUAAACCCUAUCAUCUAUGGCUUCUUUAAUAAGAAAUUCCGAAGUGGUUUCCAGGAUGCUCUUCAGUUCCAGAUCUGCCAGAGGAGAGUGAAGAAAGCCUACCCACAAAGGGCUAAGGAUAAGGUUGUCAUAACCAAGUCUACCCAGCCAGCACAGAACCCUUCAUUUCAGAACCCCCAAGGAGAAGAAGCUGCUUUGUGGAGAAUCUCAAAUCCCCAGCCCCAGACCAAGCAGGAAUUGACUAUGGAAGACCUCGAGGAUGCUUCCAACAACAAAGGCAUUACAAAAGAACUCACAUAAAGGUGUUGCAGAGACUGUUGCUACACAGCUAGAUACAGUUCCUCUUUUGUGGAUUUUCACUCUACUUCAAUUGGUGGAGUUGAAUUAUUUUAAGAAUUAUAUUUCUUGGGGGCA